AUGGAAAACCCUGCUAAUGUUCUCCAGUUUAAGGCAAAAUUGUUAGGACGAGCAGUGAAAAGACUCGAUGAAAUCCGAGAGAAUCGUCGUUUGAAUCGGACAGAUAAGGUAAAGAAGAUAGUACGAAAAACAGAUUGGCCAGUUCGGCACGAAGUACGGCGAGAUUUAUGGCGAGUGCUGUGCCAUAGUAAAGACUUUGACAGUAGCAAGGCGUUGUAUCGCACCGAGCUAGAAGAAGCAGUGAGGAAUGGGACGAAAUCUCAUCAACCGCAAUUUCUCAGUGAGGAAGGUGUCGUAGUGAACAAUUUUGACCUAAAUGAACAAGGAGCUGUCCGUCUUCUUCGCUUGCUCACCGUAAUCGAGCAUUUACGACCGGAAAUAAGCUCCGCUCCGAUGCUUUACCCUUUAUGUGCUCUCAUGCUUCAUUAUCUAGAGGACGAAGACGUAUUUGCCUGUGUGCAACAUUUGCUCGUUUCGAAGGGUUAUCUCAUGACGUCGCCUGUGCAGUGGGCUGCUUCGUCUCAUACAAUUCUAGCGCUUGUAAAGAAGCAUAAACCUCACGCCUAUGCAAUGUUGAAGCGACAGACCGGCACAGUGGAUGAUUCGAUCUUGGUCAAAGUGCUUCGAGAUUGGCUUUCAUGGAUUUUCAACGGACUGCCACUGAACUACGUGGUGCGAAUUCUCGACUGUUACUUAGUGGAAGGUCACAAGUUUGUCAUUAGAGCUGCAAUUGCGAUUGUUUAUAUCUGGGCGAAGGCAUUAAAGAAUCGACCUCAUGAUGACAUGCAUGGCAAGUCACAAGAGGAAAGGAUAGAAGCCGUAAAAGAGGAGUUAGCUAAUUCAGCAGUUCAGAUGCAGAUAUCCACUGACACCUUCAUUCAAACAGCUAUACGAAUCAGGAAUCUGCAAAGUUCAACUAUCAGUCGAUUGCAGGCACAAUUUGAGAAUGAGGUUCGUGAGGAAGUCACUCGUCGACAGUCACAGAAGCGAGCUUUGCCUAGAAGGGCUCGUCACUUCUUUACCCAGCCGUUUACAUCUGCCAUAGUCGAUCAAGAAGCAGCUGCAGAAAUUAUGUCAGCACUGCCCCCUCGCCUUCAGUUGGCAACACCACAACUGCUGUUCCGACUUAGCGUCGAUGGUGCAAGUUUCACUCAUCUCUGGAGCAAAAUCGAGGAAGCGGAACAGACGCUCUUGCUGAUAAAGACUACAAAAGGAGUGAAAUUCGGCGCUUAUUGUAGCUCGUCGUGGGCAGAGAGGAAUGAUCGUCGAGAACGAUCCAAGUCAAAGUACUUUGGCACUGGAGAAUCUUUUGUAUGGGUACUAGAAGAAGAGCUCGAGCUCCCCGUCAUCUAUGGAUGGAUUGGUAACAACAAUGAACAUCCCGAUGCUUGUCCACAGAUGUUCAUGGCGGCUGGUGAUAAAUUACUCGUGAUUGGUUCUGGAGAUGGAGAUGCUAUUCGUAUCUCUGAAGAGCUCACUCAUGGUAUGUCGUCCGCAUGUCAAACGUUUGGUAGCCCAGCUCUUGUCCCAAGUCGUAGCUUUGAUAUUCAUGAACUGGAGGUAUUCAAUGUCCUCACUGGAUCAUGA